AUGGACAUCGGUGGAACGCUGGUUAAAUUGGUCUGCUUUGAGGCCGGAGCCAUGGAAGAAGGCCUGAGCAGGACAGGGAUGGACCUAGGGAUGGACCUAGGCAGUGAGAUCCCUGAAGUUGUUGUGAGGGGCAGAGUAACGAGAGGCCGCAGACUGGGCUGUGGGGGCUCCCCCUGCUCCCCAAUGCCUCGCUCCCCAGAGGAAUGUCGACGUCUCCGGACCUGCAGUGAGUGCCUGGCCCGCCAUCCUCGGACCCUGCAACCUGGAGAUGGAGAGGCAUCCGCUCCCCGCUGUAAGUGGUGUACCAACUGCCCCGAGGGUGCUUGUAUUGGACGCAAUGGGUCCUGCACCUCUGAGAAUGACUGUCGGAUCAACCAGCGAGAGGUCUUCUGGGCAGGGAACUGUUCCGAGGCUGCGUGCGGGGCUGCCGACUGCGAGCAGUGCACGCGGGAGGGCAAAUGCAUGUGGACGCGGCAGUUCAAGAGGACAGGGGAGACCCGCCGCAUCCUGUCCGUGCAGCCCACCUAUGACUGGACCUGUUUCAGCCACUCUCUGCUGAAUGUGUCCCCUAUGCCGGUGGAAUCAUCACCCCCACUGCCCUGCCCCACCCCUUGUCACCUCCUACCCAAUUGCACCUCCUGCCUGGACUCUAAGGGAGCGGAUGGGGGCUGGCAGCACUGUGUCUGGAGCAGCAGCCUGCAGCAGUGUCUGAGCCCUUCCUACCUGCCCCUGCGAUGUAUGGCCGGAGGCUGUGGGCGGCUGCUCCGGGGACCUGAGAGCUGCUCCCUGGGCUGUGCUCAAGCAACCCAAUGUGCCUCGUGCCUACGGCGCCCCCAUUGCGGCUGGUGUGCCUGGGGGGGCCAGGAUGGAGGCGGUCGCUGCAUGGAGGGUGGACUUAGCGGCCCUCGUGAUGGGCUGACGUGUGGGCGUCCGGGGGCCUCCUGGGCCUUCCUGUCCUGCCCCCCCGAGGACGAGUGUGCAAACGGGCACCACGACUGCAACGAGACGCAGAAUUGCCACGACCAGCCCCAUGGCUAUGAGUGCAGCUGCAAGACAGGCUACACCAUGGACAACGUGACAGGGCUGUGCCGCCCUGUGUGCGCCCAGGGCUGCGUGAACGGCUCAUGCGUGGAGCCCGACCACUGCCGCUGCCACUUUGGCUUUGUGGGUCGCAACUGCUCCACAGAAUGCCGCUGCAACCGCCACAGUGAAUGUGCUGGUGUUGGGGCGCGCGACCACUGCCUGCUCUGCCGCAACCACACCAAGGGCAGCCACUGUGAGCAGUGCCUCCCGCUGUUUGUGGGUUCAGCUGUCGGGGGCGGGACCUGCCGGCCUUGCCACACCUUCUGUCGUGGAAAUAGCCACGUCUGCAUCUCCAAGAAGGAGUUCGAAAUGGCCACGGGAGAGCCACAGAAGUACUCACUGGACCCAGAGGAGAUUGAAAACUGGGUGACAGAGGGUCCUAGUGAAGACGAGGCCAUGUGUGUGAACUGCCAGAAUAACAGCUAUGGGGAGAAAUGCGAGAGCUGCCUGCAGGGCUACUUCCUCCUGGACGGGAAGUGCACCAAAUGCCAGUGUAACGGCCACGCGGACACAUGUAACGAGCAGGAUGGGACGGGCUGUCCGUGUCAGAACAACACAGAGACAGGCACAUGCCAGGGCAGCUCCCCCAGUGACCGUCGAGACUGCUACAAGUACCAGUGUGCCAAGUGCCGAGAAUCAUUCCAUGGGAACCCGCUGGGCGGCCAGCAGUGCUACCGCCUCAUUUCAGUGGAGCAGGAGUGCUGCCUGGACCCCACGUCGCAGACCAACUGCUUCCAUGAGCCCAAGCGCCGGGCACUAGGCCCUGGCCGCACUGUCCUCUUUGGUGUGCAGCCCAAAUUCACCAACGUGGACAUCCGCCUGACGCUGGACGUGACCUUUGGGGCCGUGGACCUCUAUGUCUCCACCUCCUAUGACACCUUCGUGGUCCGUGUGGCCCCUGACACUGGCGUCCAUACUGUACACAUCCAGCCACCCCCACUUCCGCCACCCCUUGCAGAUGGUGGGCCCCGGGGGGCUGCGGAUCCAGGAGGAGCAGGAGCCAGCAGUGGACCGGGCACCCCAGCAGAGCCACGGGUACGGGAGGUGCGGCCACGGGGCCUGAUUACCUACGUGACAGUGACGGAGCCGUCAGCAGUGCUGGUGGUCCGCAGUGUGCGGGACCGGCUGGUCAUCACCUACCCGCACGAGCACCAUGCCCUCAAGUCGAGCCGCUUCUACCUGCUGCUGCUGGGCGUGGGAGACCCAAGUGGGCCCGGUGCCAACGGCUCAGCCGACUCGCAGGGCCUGCUCUUCUUCCGGCAGGACCAGGCCCACAUCGACCUGUUUGUCUUCUUCUCCGUCUUCUUCUCCUGCUUCUUCCUCUUCCUCUCACUCUGUGUGCUCCUCUGGAAGGCCAAGCAGGCUCUGGAUCAGCGGCAGGAGCAGCGCCGGCACUUGCAGGAGAUGACCAAGAUGGCCAGCCGCCCCUUCGCCAAGGUCACUGUCUGCUUCCCACCUGACCCUACUGCCCCGGCCCCCGCCUGGAAGCCAGCUGGACUCCCACCGCCCGCCUUCCGCCGCUCUGAGCCCUUCCUGGCACCCCUGCUGCUGACAGGGGCCGGUGGUCCCUGGGGACCCAUGGGAGGGGGCUGCUGCCCGCCAGCCAUCCCUGCCACCACUGCUGGGCUGCGAGCUGGGCCCAUCACCCUCGAGCCCACAGAAGAUGGCAUGGCCGGCGUGGCCACCCUGCUGCUCCAGCUGCCUGGCGGGCCCCAUGCACCCAAUGGCGCCUGCCUGGGGUCAGCCCUCGUCACACUGCGGCACAGGCUGCAUGAGUACUGUGGGGGUGGCGGGGGUGCUGGGGGCAGUGGGCAUGGGGCUGGUGUGGGCCGGAAGGGACUGUUGAGCCAGGACAACCUCACCAGCAUGUCCCUCUGACAUGCCGAGGGUCCUCAUCCACAGCAGCCAGGUCACCCAAUGGGGCCGCCCUGGACUUGGGGUCCCUUCACCUGGGGGCCCCUGGACACUGUCUCCUUGGAGACCACUGGCUCCCUUCCCCCAGGGGUGCCCCGAUGGGGCCUCCUUUGUUCUGCAUUCAGCAGCUAUUUAUUGAGUACCUACUCUGCAGGCACUGUCAUAGGCGUGGGGCAAAGCAGGAAAGGAGAGACGAGGUUCCCUGAUCUCAUGGUACUUAGGUUCUAGUGAAGGGAGACAAUCAGUUCACACGCACACAUCCCACAUGCACACACACAUGAACACUUGUACCUGUGCACACAUGAGUAACAUGGUUUCAGAGAGGGAGAAGUGCUGUGAGGCUCCAGAGGACGUGGCAGUGAGGGACGAUGGGGUGAAGUCAGCUGGACAUUCAGAGAAGCUAGACUGAGAACGCCUGAGAAGAACCAGCCACGGGAAGAGCUUCAGGAAGUGAAGGUAGAGGCCCUGGGGUGGGAGCAGGCUUGUUUUAUUGGAAGGACUGGAAAACUGGCAAGUGUGACCCAGAUCAAGUGUGAAGAGAUGAGACUGGGGACAGGCAAGGGCUGGAUCACCCAGGGCCUUGUGGACCCCACCCAGGGUUUUGGGUUUUAUUCUCAGGGCAACGGGAAGCCGUUGGAUGAUUUGAUGAAGGGGAGUGACAGGAUCCGAUGUACCUAUUUCAGAAUUUAAGAGGGCUGCGCGCGGUGACUAAUGCCUAUAAUCCCAGCACUUUGGGAGGCCAAGGCGGGCUGAUCACAAGGUCAGGAGUUCGAGACCAGCCUGGUCAAUAUGGUGAAACCCUGUGUCUACUAAAAAUACAAAAAUUAGCCGGGCGUGGUGGCGCACACCUGUAGUCGCAGCUACCUGGGAGGCUGAGGCAGGAGAAUCGCUUGAACCCGGGAGGCGGAGGUUGCAGUGCACUCAGAUUGCACCACUGUACUGCAACCUCAGUGACAGAGGGAGACUCCAUCUCAAAAAAUUUAAGAGGUCACUUAGUUGUGCUGUGGAGAAUGGACUGGAGGGACAAGAGGGCAGCAGGGAUGGUGGACUGGAAUAGGGUGGUGGUAAUGAGUGAGUCCGGCUCAGAUGCGGGAUGUGUGUGGAAGAAUGUAAUGAUGGUGUGGACGUCAGAGUGAGGGAGGAGACAAAUCCACGAUGACCCCUAGCUUUGUGGCCUGAACUGUGGAUGGCUGAGGGGGUCGUUAAUUGAAUGGGGCAGAGUGGGGCUUGUGAGGAAGAUCAGAGUCUGGUUCUUGACAUGAGAUGCCCUUCAGACAUCUCUUCACUCAGGUCCAACUAGGGAUACAGAAACACUGAAUAUUUCAACAGCAGAAAUUGAGUGGGGGGAUUGGUAGUGCUGGCGCGGGAAGCGGCUGGGAAGAGACAGAUGGCACCAUGAUACAGCCCAGAGGUGAGCAGGAUCCCCAGGCUGCAGGGACAAAGCUCAGCAGUGGUGGUACCUCACUGGGACCAGGGUCACGCAGCGAAUGCUGGAACAACAGAGGCAUAUUCAGGGGGAGCCUCAGAGGGGACAAAACCUCUGCCUGAGAUCCCACCCCAGGUGGGCAUGGGGGACACUGAGGUUGGGGAUGAAAAUGCCGGUACCGUCACUGCACAGCCCUCUUCCAGACAGUGCUAUCUGGAAGAUUUCUGGGCUCUCCCGAGGGGCCACGCCACACCUGAACCACCUCCUUGGACUCCUGUUCUCUACCCCUUGAGGACCUCCCUCCCUUUGACCCUAGCUGUCUUCUUGAACUUGGGACUCUCCUUUCCCAAGACUUCCAUCACUAGCUCCUGGAGGAACUGGACUCUGCAUCUUCCCUUCACGUGGAGCCUCAGUGUGAGAGGCCCUGCCAAUGCAUGCAUGUCAGAGGUGGCUGGGACCACAUCGGAAGAAGAGGGGAUCGACGAAAUUAACAAAUAAAAAGUAUGGGCAAGACC